AUCUCUCUGCCUUCUUUAUCUCUCUGCGACUCCGGGAGAGCCCGAGCACAAAGCCUCCGAGGAUGGUGGCCGCGGUGGCGGGAGCGGGCGGCGAUCCGCUGACCGAGAGGGCGGCGCUCAUGCGGGAAUCGCUGCAGAAGAGCCAGACGAUUACCGACAACAUGGUCUCGAUCCUCGGGUCCUUCGAUCACCGGCUCUCGGCUCUCGAGACCGCCAUGAGGCCUACUCAGAUCAGAACACAUUCUAUUAGGAAAGCUCAUGGUAAUAUUGACAAGACCUUAAAGGCUGCAGAGGUGGUUCUGUCGCAAUUUGAUAUUUUCCGCCAGGCUGAGGCAAAAAUUCUUAAAGGGCCACAUGAGGAUCUUGAAAGUUAUCUGGCAGCAAUUGACCAACUAAGAGACAACCUUCGAUUUUUUUCCAGUAACAAAAGCUUUAAAAGUACUGAUGCAGUGCUCAAUCAUGCAAAUAGUCUGCUUGCGAAGGCUAUCUCAAAGCUGGAAGAGGAGUUUAAUCAGCUCUUAUCAAGUUACAGCAAACCUGUGGAGCCUGACCGUCUAUUCGAGUGUCUGCCUAGCUCUUUACGACCAUCAACUGGGUCACCCGGGCACCAGGGUGAUUCUGGUGGUAACAAUCAUUCACACAUGCACGGUGAUCAUCAUAAUGGUAACUUGGAAAAUGCAGUCUAUACUCCUCCAGCACUUAUACCCCCAAGGAUAUUGCCCCUGCUGCAUGAUUUAGCCCUGCAAAUGGUUCAUGCGGGUUAUCAACAACAGCUACUCAAGGAUUACGGAGACAUUCGCUCACCUGUUUUGGUGGAAAGCCUCCGUAAACUUGGUGUCGAGAAACUUAGCAAAGAAGAUGUUCAGCGGAUGCAAUGGGAGCUUUUGGAGGCAAAGAUUGGGAAUUGGAUUCAUUUCAUGCGUAUUGCUGUCAAGCUGCUCUUUGCUGGAGAAAGAAAAAUAUGUGAUCAAAUAUUCGAAGGCUUUGAUUCUCUUGGGGAUCAAUCCUUUGCUGAUGUCACUGCAAGCAGUGUAUCUGUGCUGCUUAGUUUUGGUGAGGCAAUUGCUAGAAGCAAGAGGUCACCAGAGAAAUUAUUUGUGCUUCUAGACAUGUAUGAGAUAAUGCGAGAACUUCAUUUAGAGAUUGAAGCUCUUUUCAAAGGUAAAGCUUGCAGUGAAAUUAGGGAAUCUGCUGUGGGUUUGACAAAGCGACUGGCUCUGACGGCCCAAGAGACUUUUGGGGAUUUUGAAGAAGCGGUGGAGAAAGAUGCAACAAAAACGGCGGUUUCAGAUGGAACAGUACAUCCAUUGACGAGCUAUGUGAUCAAUUACGUGAAGUUCUUAUUUGAUUAUCAAUCAACUCUGAAGCAACUAUUUCAAGAAUUUGAAAAUGGCGAUGACACGUCUCAAUUGGCCUCUGUGACAAUGCGGAUAAUGCAGGCUCUUCAAACCAAUUUAGAGGGAAAAUCCAAGCAGUAUAAGGAUGCUGCUUUGACGCACUUGUUUCUUAUGAACAACAUACAUUACAUGGUCAGAUCCGUGCGCAGGUCAGAAGCCAAGGAUUUGUUGGGGGAUGAUUGGGUGCAACGGCAUCGGAGAGUCGUGCAGCAGCAUGCCAAUCAAUACAAGAGGAAUGCAUGGGCAAAGAUUUUGCAAUGCCUUUCUAUCCAAGGCCUUACGUCAUCGGGCGGUAGUAGUGCAGCUGGUGUAGGUGGUGAUUCAGGAAAUAGCAGUGGUGCUUCAAGGGCAUUGGUGAAAGACAGGUUCAAAACUUUCAAUAUGCAGUUUGAGGAGCUUCAUCAAAAACAAUCCCAAUGGACUGUUCCUGAUACUGAGUUGCGGGAGUCUCUGAGGCUUGCGGUAGCUGAAGUCCUUCUGCCAGCCUACAGAUCUUUUGUCAAAAGAUACGGACCUCUUGUGGAGAGUGGCAAAGCGCCGCAGAAGUACAUUAAAUAUUCACCGGAGGAUCUUGAACGUAUGUUGGGCGAGUUUUUCGAGGGAAAGACGAAUGAGCCAAGGCGGUAGAUUCAGAGAUCUGAUUCUGCUCAGGACUGUCGUGAAUGAUUCUACUUUUGUCAUUUGUCUUCCGAAAAUUUCUGUUCUGAUUGCUGAGUGGCUUAGAUGAUUCGAGGUGUUGGCUGAUUGUUUCACGGCUGGCGAUAGCCGGCACUUCCUCAUUGCUGUAAAAAGCGUAAGAGCUGAGGGAAGUAAAAUAAAGAUUGACUGGAGGCGUGGAAUUUUGUGUAUAUUUUUGUGAAUAACCUAUUGUCAAUAUUAGGAUGGACUGAGC